GUUUGAGCUGUCACCCACGGAGCACCAUAAACGAGGUCAGUUUUUCCAACGCGACAGAAUAUAUAACCAUUCGAAUUAUUUACAUAAACAAAUGUCAGCGAAUGAUGCUCUGAAUUGUUUUAUUUGUACACUGGAUAUAGAUUUUCACCAUCCAUGACCCCUUUAUUCACCGUGCAUUUUAAUUAAUCCAAACGUAAAAUAACGUUGUAAGCCAAAUGUCCGAUUCGUCUCGCUGAAAAGCAAAUGUUAAUUUUUCAAGGGCAGCUCAAUUACACUAUUUACUAUUAGACUAUAUUUUGUUCAAUUAUGACGUUAGAAUGAUUAGUAGAUUGUGCUCUUUGUUAAGCUCAAUGUGUUGCUCGCGAGAAACAGUUGAACCCCAACGACAGGAGCGGGAACGAAUUGUGUGAUAUGGUAACGAUAAGACAGUAUAAACAUCAUUUUACUAUCGCAACCAUAGCAUUGUGUAUAAACAAUAAUAUAGUUAAUAUAAACAUGUCGUUCUAAACAAAAUUUAUAAAUCACAUAUUCAUCAGAAAGCGCUUUGUGACACAUUCCCUUCAGGGUUUCAACAUUAUUUAAACCAAUGUUUUAAUUAUUAUAUCAUGUGUUUAAUUAUUUCUAUAUAUGGUAAUAAGUAAAAUGUAAUUCAAUUAAAAAGUUGUCUACAGUAUCUAUAACGAAAUGGGAAUGUGACGGGAGGGACACAGACAGUGAAUAUGGAUAUUUUAGGGAUCUGAAAUCUCUGAAUGCGAGCACAUUACAACAGUGAUCAUUUCUCUUAUUUAUGUAAGUGUAAUGUCUUCGCCAUUUUAGGUGUUUUGGUAAACCUUUUGUUCAUUUCAUCUUGUUUUUGAUGUGCUGGAAUGCCUCCAGAAAGAAGAGUGAAAGGAUAGGGCGGAGGGGGGACCUGCUGCUCAAAACGCCCCCUGAGAUGCAAAGACAGGGCCCGUGUUCGAUGACCUGCUGCAUGUGAAGAGCCAAACAGAACUAGAAAUUGAGAAAUUGAGAAUCUUGCUACAUCUGUCCGUGUAUUAAAAACUGCCACCGACAUGUUAACGAGAUUAUUCAACGAAACUUCAUUGCUUCCGGACAUGCAGAAGUUCGCAGGCUGGGUGGAUGACAGCGGGAGUGAGGACUCCAAAAACAAGGUCGAAGAACAAGAGCGUUCUCUCCUAGAAGACGAUGAGCUGCGAGAGGGAUAUGUGAAAGACGAUGGCAGUCUGGCUCAGUCGGAUAUUGCAGGGGAGGAGGAGGAUGAGGAUGUCGAUGAAGAUGAUUGUGGCGAUGAGGAGGAUGAAGACAGGCCAAAAAAACGCGGGCCAAAAAAACGCAAGAUGACGCCUGCUAGGGUGGAGCGCUCAAAAGUGCGGCGCAACAAAGCGAACGCAAGGGAGCGCACGCGCAUGCACGACCUGAACUCCGCGUUAGACAAUCUCCGCAAAGUCGUGCCAUGUUAUUCAAAAACCCAAAAACUCUCUAAAAUUGAAACACUUAGACUGGCAAAAAACUACAUUUGGGCGCUGUCAGAAAUCCUGCGGAACGGGAAAAGACCGGACGUGGUUUCUUAUGUACAGACGCUUUGCAAAGGCCUCUCCCAACCCACGACUAAUCUGGUGGCUGGUUGCCUGCAACUUAACUCACGGAAUUUUCUAACUGAACAAUGUCAAGAGGGAGCGCGUUUUCACGGACCCAACCCCUCGUUCUCCCUGCACGCAUAUCCAUAUCAAUGCCCCCGUCUAUCUAGCACGCAAUGUCAAUCCGGAUCCAAUGCACACAGCCUGAGAAAUCACCCUUUUUGUGCAACCUACGAUACUGUGUUCACUGGGGGCGCGUCCCCAGAAUACAACAGUCCAGAUUAUGAGGGCCACCACAGUCCUCCGGUGUGUGUAAAUGGAAACUUUUCUUUGAGGCAACAGGAGCCACUGUCACCAGACACAGAAAGAGGCUAUAAUUAUUCUAUGCAUUACAAUAGUCUUCAUGGCUCACGUCCGUCUGCUCCUCAUAGUCUUGCUUACGGCCCAUCGGGAGCGCGCAGCGGUAGCACGCACUCAGAAAACGUUCCACCGUUUCACGAUGUGCACGUGCACCAUGAUAGGGCGCCUGCAUACGAGGAACUGAAUACCUUCUUCCACAAUUAGAUGUUUUUAUGAUAAUGGCUAAAAUGGCUAAAACCACACAUUCCUCACAAUUUUUUACUUUCUUCCGAAUCCAGGUGUUAUGGAUUCAUACAUUUUUAACAGUAUUGGACUGUAAUCUAUAUUUAACUAUAAUUCCAUUAUGGACCUUAAGUGAUUAUAAUGUCAGCUUUAACAUGAAUUGAACUGCUUUAUCGAAAUAUUAUACCAGGUCAAACGUUUAAACCAUUCUUAGUCUGUAAUAAGACACUAUUGUAUGUCGGAGACUGUUUUCUGAUAAUAUUAAUAAAGACUAUGGUUCGAGAAUCA